AAAACUAAGGUGUGUCUUAUACUCCAAAAAUACGCUUGUUGCUGCUCUUCAGAGAGGGAAUUCUCCAUCUGUCAUGGCCUCAACCUCACUGGAACCGCCUGAGAGAAAAGAUGAUUUUUGUGACCAGUGUAGUAAAUAUUUGACAGAUCCAAUAUCCAUAGAAUGUGGUCACACCUUCUGUCGACCUUGCAUCACUGAGCAUUAUCGGGAACGGAAAAAGGAAGGUCUUUUCUUCUGUCCUGUUUGCGAAGAGCCGAUCCCUGAAGGAAGACUACGGCGAAUCCUGCAGCAGCCCGGUGUGGAGGACAGACCCAGGUUACUUCCAGAAAAGACAUUUGUUUGUCCGAAACACAAAAUGGUACUAGAUCUGUUUUGUCAAGAAGACGAGAAGCUGAUAUGUGCCGUUUGUCAGAAGGCAAUGGAACAUAAAACUCACACUGUGAUUUCUCCCAAACAAGCUGCCCAACCAUUAAAGGACCAGAUACGGAGCCGGAUUAUACUUCUGGAGGAAAAGAAAGAUAUAAUGGAAAGUCAUCCUUCAGAUGCAGAAAAGGAAAUUGCUGAGCUGCUUGGACAAAUGGAAGAAGAGAAGGAGAAGUUAGACAACGUGUUCAAACAACUACACGAUUUUCUACGUAAACAGGAAAAACAAUUACAGAACCGAAUGAAAAUGGUGGAGAAGGAUAUUCAAAAAACCAAGGUGGAAUACUUGGAGGGACUUUCAAAGGAACGCAAUGUGCUUAAAAGUAUCAUCCGGGAGAUGCAGGAGGUGCGUGAGCUGCCAGCUGUGGAAUUCUUAAUGGAUUUUAAAGCCAACAUGCAAAGGUAUGACAAAGCGCUUGAAAACUCCGUUGUUUUUCCUCUGGAGCUGAAAUGGAGGUCCUGGGAUUUCUGUGAUAUCAAUCCGUUUCUGGAAAAUUCUGGAAAUAUAUUCAAUGAGUCUCUGAUGACUGGACUUCAGCUGCAGAAAGCACAUGUAUUUCUGGACCCAGACACAGCUCACCCUCGUCUCAUUUUGGCAGACGACUGUAAAAGCCUGAAAAUGGGCGAAUUUUAUCAACCUCUAGCCAAAACCCCAGAAAGAUUUGAUGAAUGGCCUUUUGUGUUGGCCUGUUCAGGGUUCACUACCGGCAGGCAUUUCUGGGAAGUCACUGUGGGGACAGAAGACACCUGGGGCGUAGGAGUUGCCCGAAAGUCUGUGAGGAGAAAAGGAGACAUUGAAUUUUGUCCAGAAGAAGGGUUCUGGGCCGUGGGGAAGUGGGAUGGCAACUACACGGCGUACAACCCUCCCUUUUAUACUCCUUUGACUUUGCGUAGGAUGCCCAAGAAGAUCAGAAUAGUUCUGAACUACGAAGGGGGAUGGGUGACUUUUUUUGAUGCCGAUACAGGAGCUCCUCUCUUUGCAUUUUCUCCACCCCCCUUCAUUGGAGAGGUGAUCAUUCCCUUAUUUUAUGUCUUUGGAAACGCUCGCCUUUCCAUCGCGCAUUAAGGCUGUUAUGCCGGCAUCUCAGUCAGUCUUGGUUGUAGUGUUUGUCAAGUGUGGAAAAAUAAUCAAGACGAAACAAGAAACAAAUGAGGAUCUAAGGUGGCUUCCCUCCAGUCUUGGUCCCUCUAGGCAGCUUUUCCAAGUCAACGUGAUUGUUUUCCACCCUGCCUUCUGGAGUCCCAGCACCUAUGAAGAAGGUCAAGAAGGAAAAUGCGAAUUGAACAGGACCUCUGACAGCUCUGUCAAACUUCCAUUAACUUUCAGACAGAUUAAUAGCUACCGUAUUUUUUGGAUUAUAAGACGCACCUGACUAUAAGAUGCAUCUGAAUUUAGAAGAGGGAAACAACAACAGGAAAGGUUUUUGGCCUCCGUGCCCCCCAUUUUUGGCCCUUUUGGGCGGCCUUUUUCUGCCCCUUUCCAGCCUUUUUU